AUGGCGGACUGGGGGCCUGUAUUGGUGGCGGUGUUAUUGUUCGUACUUCUCUCGCCGGGGUUGUUGUUUCAGAUCCCAGGGACGAGCGGGCGGGUGGUGGAGUUCAGCAACUUCCACACGAGCAGCGCCUCUAUUCUCGUGCACGCCAUCAUCUACUUCGCCCUCAUUACCCUCUUCCUCAUCGCCAUCGGAGUCCACGUCUACACCGGUUAGGCCGCUCAGUCCAUACACUCUUCUUCUACCUCUAUCUAUGUGUGUCAGCAGCU